GCGAGAAGGUAUCCACGCCCACAUUGCGCUUGCGCACAUUUUAGGGCAUUCCUCCGGCCUGUUCAUUUUGCCUCAACGACUUUUCCGCCUCUUUUUCCUUGGAUUUCUCAGGAUUCCUGCUGUGUACCCGGCCAGAUGUCACCUGUACCACUCCCAGGGACCAUAUAGCACCCCUGGGUAAGGGAUUGUGGUGGGUUCUGUUGGAACUGACUGCAGAAAAGCGACGUGAUUCUGUACCGGAAGUUGGGCGGUCUCGAGGCGUUGGAGGGAAGCUGACACGAGCCAGGAUCUGAGCUGGUACGGAAAUUUCGAUUGUCGAUUUUUGUGUUGUCUUGCCUCAUCAGAUCUCUGCAUGACACGAUGGGGAAGUGGCUGUCAAAGAUCUUCGGGAACAAGGAGAUGCGUAUUCUCAUGCUGGGACUGGACGCAGCAGGGAAAACCACGAUCCUCUACAAGCUGAAGCUCGGACAGUCUGUGACUACCAUACCCACAGUGGGCUUCAACGUCGAGACAGUCACCUACAAGAACGUCAAGUUCAACGUUUGGGACGUGGGAGGGCAGGACAAGAUUCGACCGCUCUGGAGGCACUAUUACACGGGAACCCAGGGGCUUAUCUUUGUGGUAGACUGCGCCGAUCGCGACCGUAUCGACGAGGCGCGGCAGGAGCUGCACCGGAUCAUCAACGAUCGGGAGAUGCGGGACGCCGUCAUUCUCAUCUUCGCCAACAAGCAGGAUCUGCCCGAUGCCAUGAAACCGCACGAGAUACAGGAGAAGCUCGGGCUAACUCGCGUGCGCGAUCGAAAUUGGUACGUGCAACCAUCGUGUGCAACGACAGGCGACGGACUGUACGAGGGACUCACAUGGCUGUCCUCCAACACAAAUAAGUCCUGACUGCCUGCCCCCCACCCUCUUCAUAUCACCGACAGAACUUAAGAGGAACUCCACCCCAUAUGGUUUAAUAGCAGCGGGGGUGUAGGAUGUGACUCAAUUGAGUGAAACCGACAUCAUAGGUACCCUGUUCAAAUCUCUGCCUUUUGGUCGAAAUCUGCAUAAUUUUCAACCCCAUUAUGUUUUUAUCUGCGUGAAUAUGAGAGUUAGGAUCACAUUUGGGUUUAUAAUCGUCUAUUGUCUCCAGGGAUAUAUCUGACCUCAUUUUGAAUGGACAUUGAUAAUAUGUGUAUUAUAUAUGCUAUAGAAAGAAUAAAAUGAGCCAAGGUAGAGCCCUCUUUUCCUUUGGGUGUUUGUUUUAAUAUUGGUUUCUGUGAAUUAAAUCUUGCCCUUGUGAGGUCUGUUUUCACCUGCUUGUUAAGAUUUAGCAUCUAUUCUAAUAUGUGGGCACAAGCUGCAGCCCUGAUUUGCUUGCAGGCAUUUGUAUGACUUUAACCCUUGUACAUACUGUCAGAACAGAGGGACAACAUUGUAUAGCUGUUUAAUCAUAGCACAUAGGUGUAGAAUUUUGGAGAGAGUAAAAAAAUGACCCAUCAUGCUUUGUGACAAGAUGUUUCCCUUAAUUCUGUUCACACUAGUUAUAUCUGAUGAAUUUCUAAGCUUCAGAACUGGUGACUGGUUUGAGAAGGUGGAGAAGUUCCAAUACUGGGCGUGUCCCACUCCUGAAAUGGACCUGCAGUUUUUGUGGUUAGGUGUGUUUGUUCUGAGUUAGUCACAUGGACUCUGUUUCCAGCUUCUCAAACAUGCUGUUUUGAAGCUAAGGGAUUUCCCUCAAUGUAGGGUAUUUUUAGUUUGACGAGGAGGAUGUAUGAAUAAAAUUCUUUAGCUGAUUCCUCACGA